GCCGAAACGCGCGUCAAGGACAUCGAUGUUGCGCCAUCUGACGAGGCGACCGGCGGUGUCGGCGCUCUCGGUGCGCCAUGCGAUGCGAUUCUCGUCCCAGUCGGCGAGUAGUGUCGGAAAUAUGCCCGUUGAAGGCGCAGUACCGGCGCUUCCCUCUUUGAACCCUGCAGUCCCUGUGGACGACCCCUGGGUGUUGGUGGACGCGGCGCAGAAACUCAUCGAAGCAGUUCAUGUAACUACGGGAUUGCCGUGGUGGGCGACGUUCGGUGUCACCGCGAUUGCAGUUCGUGGCACGCUGUUUCCACUGAUGGUGUACCAAAUCAAGGCCACAGAGCGCAUGGCGAAUGCGUCCAAGGAAAUGCGAGAAGUGUGGAAAUCUUACCUUUAUGCCCGCAUGUUCCUGCCACCCGCUAUCCCUCAGAAGCAAGUAGAAGCUUUCCAACUGAUGUACAAAGGAGUCAAGUUGACGUGGGAAAAGUACCAGACUCACCCCGUCAAGUGUGUGGCGACUCCGCUGCUUCAAAUCCCGACGUUUCUUCUCAUGGCGUACAGCACCCGCGAGCUCGUACGGUCAGGAAGGGUGGAGGGACUCGAUACCGGUGGAGUCUGGAUGUUUCAGAAUCUUGUCGAGGCCGACGGCACGCUCAUUUUGCCGGCGCUGGCAGUGGGGUGCACGUACUUAAAUUUUGAGUUGAUGGGGACGUCCAAGGUGAAGCUGAUCCAAGCCCUCAAAGACAAGUUCCAGUACAUUCCACUUCUGUCGUUCCCAUUCAUUUGUCAGAUGCCGCAAGUACGUGAGAAGCUACGUAGAUUCGUGUGCAUGAUGCGGGUUGAGUCUUCCUAGGGCAUCUUCUUCUACUGGCUCGCGUCAUCGUGGUGCUCAUUUGCCCAAACAAUGGCCCUGCGCCAACCUUCUAUCCGUCGCGCGCUUGGUCUAAGGGACAUCACGGCAUCUUCGCUCGCAGCGGCACCUGUGCCAUCUUCAGCCAAUUCUCUUCUUCCGUCGGCCCCCUUGCCGACGACUCCCCGCCAAAAGCGGCUUUGAAUGAGUGUACUCUCCGGAUAAAUCAUAAAUCUUAUCCGUAUUUCCAUCGUGUAA